GGUGCUUUCUUCUCAGAGAAUCUUCCAGUUACCCGUCCACUCAGAGUAGGCAAAGUGUAGGACCCCUUUCCCUAUCAAAAUCAAAGAAAAUGUCAAACCCAACUCCCGUAGCCAAGCCUGGAAACGCAGACAACCCUCGGGUAUUCUUUGACGUAGAUAUCGGUGGUGAAAGAGUCGGCCGUAUAGUGUUUGAGGUCUUUGCCGAUGUGGUCCCUAAAACGGCAGAGAAUUUCCGUGCUCUUUGUACCGGUGAGAAAGGGAUUGGUAAAAGCACUGGAAAACCGCUGCACUUCAAGGGCUGUCCAUUCCACCGCAUCAUCAAAAAAUUUAUGAUCCAGGGUGGGGAUUUUUCUAAUCAGAAUGGAACUGGAGGAGAGAGCAUCUAUGGUGACAAGUUUGAGGAUGAAAACUUUCACUACAAGCACGACAGAGAGGGGCUGCUCAGCAUGGCCAACGCCGGCCCCAACACAAAUGGCUCACAGUUCUUUAUAACAACGGUUCCCACGCCGCAUCUGGACGGCAAACAUGUUGUCUUUGGCCAGGUGCUGAAAGGAAUGGGGGUGGUGAAGAUGCUGGAAGGGAUGGAAACUAAGGAAGACAAUCCUGUGAAGCCCUGUGUCAUUGCUGAAUGUGGAGAACAUAAAGCAGGAGAUGACUGGGGCAUCGCACCUAACGACGGCUCAGGAGACGCUUACCCAGACUUCCCUGAGGACUCUGAUGUGGACUUUAAAGAUACAAACAAAGUCUUGUCUGUGGCAGAGGAUGUGAAAAACAUUGGGAAUAACUUCUUCAAGGCUCAGAACUGGCAGUCAGCCAUAAAGAAAUAUUCAAAAGCUCUAAGGUAUCUAGAGUUUUGUGGGAAAACCUUAGAUGACGAUAGUGCCCAAAAGAAGCUGGAGCCCACAGCCCUGAGCUGCAUUCUCAACACGGCCGCCUGCAAACUCAAACUGAAACUCUGGCAAGAAGCAGUCGAGAGCUGUGAUGAGGCCCUGGAGCUGAACCAGUCAAAUACUAAAGCGUUGUUCAGGAGAGCUCAAGCCUGGCAGGGACUUAAAGAAUUCAACAAGGCCAUGAUUGAUCUGAAGAAAGCACAGGAGAUUGCACCAGAUGACAAAGCAAUUGGAAAUGAAAUGCUGAAGGUGAAGCAGCAAGUAAAAGAAGAGAAGGAGAAAGAAAAGAAGAUUUACGCCAAAAUGUUUGCGUAAAGGAAACUGCAGUGACCUCACUCCACACCGACCUACCUGCAUAUAUUCACUUACACUGCACUGGUGUCUUAGUGUUAAAGUCUAUAGCUGGGUAAAAAUGCCUUGGAGUCUCUAAUUUAGGGUAAAAAGGUUUGGAAAGAGAUUCAAAUAAUCUGUACUGUGUGUUAUAAGUCAAGGAACAAAGUCUCAAUGCAUUUUUAGUGAGCUGACCUAAAGAUUGCUGACCUUAAAGAGUGACUUUGCAAAACAUUUAUUUUUUGUUUGUUUCUGGGUUCAUUUGUCUUAACUGCUGUUCAUUCAUUCUAUAGAUCGCUGACUAAAAAAGCAAAACAUUUUUGUUUUUGUCAAAUGGGAAUUAGCCAGUCAGUUGUGUGGAUUAAAACAAUGAAUAUUUUCAAA